UCAUUUUUUUAAGAGUUCUGUUUCAGUAUAACAAAAUAAAAAACGAAAUACCUAAAUAAUGCCACGACGUCGUCGACUGCGUUGCAAGGAUGAAGCCGCUGCUAUCUCUGCAACAGGACGAGCCCGACGAAAGCCAAGGCAGCCAAGAGGAGCCGCUCGAAAGUAAAAGCGAUGAGCUGGAUCCGCCCAUCGAGCUGCUGCCCCCCAUUCCAACCAACAACUGGGAAUACAAACUGUUUCCAGAGCUGCACAAUCAGCUGCCCUGCUUUCCCACCUACUCCGAUGUCUUUGGCCAGCGCACGGAUGUGCUCUUCCAGCAGCAGCAGCAGCAGCAGCAACAGCAACCAGCGCAGUCGUCUGAAGAGUUGCCGACGCCGACGCCGCCGCUAUCACUUGCUGCCAGCACUGACAGCUUUGGCAUGGCCGGCUUGGUCAACAACCUGCGUGCCACAGCCAGCAAUGUCAAUGCCUUGCAGCUGUGCACGGGCGAGGACUUGACCACAUUCGGUCUGGAUUUGGCCAGCCAGGGAGACAUCUAUGUGCACUUCAAUGGCCCCUUUACGCAGCAGCCUGCGGUGCGCAGCACCGCCAACUGCGCCUUGGAGCUGGGCAUGCGUGGCAUGCGCGAUGCCAUGGAGAAGUAUCCCAUCAAGCCGCCUGUCUGGGAUCCAUUUGUGCCAGAGACUAGAGAUUUGGGCCUACUGGGUUCGCUGGCGAAAUCGCCGCAGUCUUCACAAGAAAAUUCUGCCAAAGAAUUCUGAUAACUAAAACUGUGUAGUAAACCAAAUACAAGAGACCAUUUGAGCUA